CGUUGUCUAUUCACCUUGGGGCUGAACGGCGACCCUUGCGCACGUACCCAGCUGUCACACUGACGUUUGACGUUUGCCGGUUUUGCGGGCGGGCAAUAACAGUGCAUUGUUUACAGCACCGUUCGUGGGGAGAAGGAGCGAUCUGCCAGCAGUAGUAGGGCUCAGAAUUUAUCCCGUAAAUUUAACCCAGGACGGAUCGUUCGCUCUCUUCCAACACGUCCCGUGGCUCUUUCCACUCGUUCGGCUCCCUCCGUUUCGCUGCCGGACACACGUAGACCAGAUAGCCGAUUCGUCACUCAUGUGGAUGUGGUGAGCAAGUUGGCGGAAACGGAUCCGGGCGGACGGGUGGUCACAGACAGCACUGCACUUCACCCUGCCCACCCGCCGGCACAAUGGAGGCGGACACAGCCAAUGAUUGCCAGGACGGCGGUAUGGAUGGUGGCGGGCCGGCCGAAGCGAGCGACUGUGGCUGCCCGCUGGAAGCGAUCUACCACCACCGGGCCGAUCCGUACGAGCUGGCCCACUUCCCGCCGAUCGAGCGCUCGGACCAGCACACGGUGCUGUACGAGCUGCCGUACCAGCCGGACGCGGACAGACCGCCGGCGCCGUACGCCGGGCCCCGGCCGCCCCUGCCCUGCGGCGUCACGCUGCGCCUGCCGAUGAUGGCCCGGUGCAUGAUGCGCAACGCGGACGGUUCGCACGCGGUCGAGAGCCGGUGGACGGUGGUGGGCCGCGCGCUCGCCAAACCGAUCGGCAGCUCGCGCGAGCUGGCGGACGCGAUCGUCCAGUACAACCCGGAGUACCGGGCGGGCGGCCAGUUCGGCGCGCUGCACCGCCUGUUCGAGGAGCAGUGCGACGAGGCGGAGCGGGCCGCCUUCUUCGGCGAAACGUUGCCGCGCCUCGUCCAGCUCGCCCUCCGGCUGCUGGAGCUGUUCCGCACACCCGUGCCGCUGCUGCUGCAGUGGCACAACCAUGCCGUCUCGAUGACGCAGGAGCAGGCCGCCUGCCUGCUGGCGAACGCGUUCCUCUGCACCUUCCCGGCGCCCCGCUCGGGCAUGGAGAAAAGCUUCCCCGGCACCAACUUUGCGCCGCUGUUCGCCGGCACCAGCCAGUCGGUGGUGGAGAAGAUCAAGUGCCUGUGCCACUACUUCCGGCGCGUCUGCAGCCCCGGCGGCAUGCCGACCGGCGUGCUGACGUACGAGCGGCGCUGCCUGGGGAAGCCGGCCGUGCCCGACUGGACCGCGGUCGACGCGACCUUUGCGGCCGAGCGGGCCCCGCUGCACGUGGCCGCGGACGGCACGAUCGAGGACCAGGGCACCGGGCUGCUGCAGAUGGUGUUCGCGAACCGGUUUCUCGGCGGCGGCGUCAUCGGGCACGGCUGCGUGCAGGAGGAGAUCCGGUGCGUCAUCAACCCGGAGCUGCUCGUCGGCCGGCUGCUGUUCGAGUCGCUGCGCGAAACCGAGGCGUACUUCGUGCUCGGCACGGAGCAGUACUGCGCGUACGCGAACUACGCGUCCGCGUUCGCGUUCGACGCGGACCACCGGGACGGGACGCCGCGGGACGCGAGCGGCCGGCGGCGCUGCUACAUCGUCGGGCUGGACGCGCUGCGCGUGCAGCCGUCGAUGAACCAGUACGAGGAGCGGGCGGUGCGCCGCGAGCUCGCCAAAGCGUACGUCGGGUUCAGCCACGUGCCGGAGGGCCAGCGGCCCCUGCCCGGCAUCGCCACCGGCAACUGGGGCUGCGGGGCGUUCGGGGGGCACGCGCCGCUCAAGGCGCUGCUGCAGAUGAUGGUGGCGUGCGUGGUCGGCCGCCCGCUGCUCUACUUCACCUGCAACGAGGACGGGCUGCAGGAGCGGCUGGUGCGCAUGUACCGGUUUCUGACCGCGCGGAAGGUGUCCGUGCCGCGGCUGUUCCGGCUGCUGGUGCGGUACGGGGCGCGGCCGCGAUCGGGACCGGCCGUGGGCGCGAACGAGCCGGACGAUCUGUACGACUAUCUGUACCAGCGGCUCGAACCGUCCGGCGCGCCCGACAGCGGGCCCGGUGCGCCACCCACAAAUCCAUCGUAAGCAGAUGUGUUUUCGGGAGGGGAGGGAGAGGG